GGUAUAGCGCAGCCUCCUGGCUGCAAAUUGGCGUGCGGAUCGGGCAGUGCGGACGUUGAUCGCACCCCUUAGCUCCAAAUCCCCUUCUGAGAAAGCGGUGAGGCGCUGAGGUCAUUCGACGGCGCACGUGGUGCGAUGAGCUCGGAUAAGACAUGCAAUGCAGUGAAAAUGGGUAAGAGGCGGAGUGAGAGCGGAAGACGAGGUUGGAUGAGGAUCGGAUGAAUCUGCAGCAGUGGUCAUCAGAACCGAGGUUGUUCUGUGUUCUGUCGUUGCGAGUUCUGGCAUCCAGCCUGACAUCGCCGAAAGCACUGGAGUGAUCAAUAGAGAAGCGAUCAAUAGAGAAGCGAUGGAUAGGGAAGCGGUCAAUAGGGAAGUGAUCAACAGGAAGCGGUCAAUAGGGAAGUGACGAGUAGGAAGCGGUGAAUAGGGAAGCGACCAAUCGGGAAGUGAGCAAUCGGAAGUGGAAGUGGAGUGAUCGAUAGGGAAGGAAGUGGAGUUAGGAAAGGAAGCGAGGUGAAGUGAUCAAUAGGGAAGCGAUCUAAUAAGGAACUGAUCAAUAGGGAAAAGUGAAGUGAUUAAGAGGAAGUGAUAAAUAGGGAAGUGACAAAUAGGGAAAAAGCAGCUGAGUUGUGACUGGGAGGACGACCACCAUCGGAUGCCGGCCAUCGAUGGUCGUUACGCGAGAUCCACGCGUGGUAGUAUGGCGAUCGGGGCAACACGGUCAGUCUCAGCAAGUUUGCUGCUGCUCGCCUUGCACUUGCAACGACCUAGCCUAAGGCUGAGGUCAUUGAUGCUGAUGGUAAUGAUCACGAUGACGUGGCAGUUCUCUUCAGCAAUAGGAGCCACGGCGAUGACGCCGCCCACAAGCGGGUUUCAGCAUCUGUCUCGGUCCGAGGGGGUGGCCCUGUUGAAGGCCUUCUUUGUCCGCCAUAGCCAGAAGCUUUGCGAGGAUGUUGCCAGCCUAUCGACGUGUCUAUCAUAUCGAAGUCUCUUGUUCGCUGCGCCGAUCCUUCUUGCAGCGAUGGCUGCUGCCGCCGGCGGAUUGGCCAUGAUCGCGGUCCGGAUGCGACGGUCGGGAUCGUCAACGGCAGCGGAACUGGAGGGACGGGAGCUUCCGCCGCCGGGACCCCGGCCGUGGCCAGUCGUCGGGAACCUGCUGCAACUAGGCAGUCUGCCGCACAGAUCGCUGUCGGCGCUCGCUCGAACCUACGGCGACGUGAUGGGAGUCUGGUUGGGAUCCCGGUACACCGUGGUGCUGACGAGUCCCGCUGCAGCCAAGGAAGCGCUAACUGGGCACGGACAUCGCUUACUGGGUCGGCCAAUCACUCCGACAUACAGCCUGAUCAGCGGCGGAGGGCUCGACAUCCUGUUCGCGCAGUAUGGACCUGAUUGGAUCAAGCGGCGGAGGAUUGCCCAUCUGGAGUUCUUCGCAUCAACGGUCAUGCAGAAGCAGAUGACGUUAGCGAGGAAGGCGAGUAUGGGAAGACUGCUGCAAGUGUUGCAGUCGAAGCUCGUGGGAGAGGGAGGUGGUGGUCGUGGGCGUGGCGAUGGGCAUAAAACGGAGUUGGAUCGGGAUAGCGACCGGAGUAGGGAGGAACACUCGACCGACGUUGACCAGCUUACUGUUGACGACAACAGAAACGAGCAGCAGCAGCAGAUGGAGACGGGAGAGCAGAAGAACAAGCUGCAGCAAGCUGGCAACGGCAAAGACGAAUCGUCGUCGUCGUUCUCCUCCCCCUCCUCCUCCUCCCCCCUUUCUUCUUCUUCUCCGUCGUCAUUGUUGUCUUCUUCUUCGUUGCCGUCUGCAGAAUGUGUGCCAAUCGCUAUUCGGGAUUACUUGUUCGUGUAUCAGCUAGAUUUGGUCUGUUGGGUGUUGUUCGGUUGUCCCAUCAGUCGUUGGGACUGGGAUCGGGAUUGCUCUUGUCACGGAGCUCAGGAGCUUCAGGUUGGUGUCGAAGGGAAGGAGGAAUUCGAUAAACGAGAGAGUCCGGCGGCCGAGACGACAAGGACGAAAGAGAUGACCGAAGAGGCUGAGCAUGAAUGCCCUGAGCGCGAUGCAGGUGCGGCUCACUCCCCGGCAGCUCAAGAAGAAGUACAAGGAGAAGAACAAGGAGAAGCAGGAGAAGGAGAAGGUAGGAGUGGUGCACGCUUCCGCGUACGAGGGACAUCCGGCGCCAUCGGCAGCAGCGCGCCAAGCAAUACCACCGGCAGUAGCCCAUCGUCUCCACCGGGGUCGUCAUCCGAAUCCCGAUCCCCAUCUGCACACCGAUGGAGGCAGUUCUUCUGGGCGACUCGUGGCGGCAGCGAUCGUCCUAGCCGUCGAGCGGGAGAAGGCUCACAAGAACUUCAAGUCGAACUGAUGAAGACGGACCCGACGCGGGAAAGCCAGAAAGAAGUGGAAGAAUACCGCGACGUCAUCACAAAAUUCUUUGAGGUUGCCGGGGUGGGGAGAAUGGUCGACUGUGUCCCGAUCUUGAGGCCGGUGUUCUCGUGGCAGCUGCUGCAGCGCAAGCUCCUGUACUGGAGGCUGCGCGCUCUGGUGAGAGCACAGAUGUUGAGGCGGCGGCCACGUGAACAGAAAACUCCCAAUCAGACGCAGCAAAAAGAUAUGGAUAAGGUAAUCAGCGUUCAGAAGACGGGUAAUGAUGAUGACGAAGCGGCCACUAGCGGUAGUACGCGGAGUGUUUCUGAGCGCGCCGCCGUGCAUCAGGGUCAAACUGGGCUCGGCAUAACCGAUGACUCCGGUGAUGCUGGUCGGGAUCGGGACGAGGAUCGUGGAAAAGAGCCGCAGUCUGCUCAGGAGAAGGACGAAGGCAAAGAGGUAUCCCCUCCACGAGGAGGAGAAGGUCAAGGAGAAGGAGGAGGAGGAGGAGGAGGAGGAGGGGUAAGUGGAGCAGAAGGAAAGAGAGAGGAGAAGCUAUGGCCGCUUGAGGAAGGAGAGGAAGGUCAUUCACUGCGAAAGACGGAGAAGAAGGAGGUGGCUAUGGCGGAGGAAGCUGGGGAGCAUACGGCGGCCAAGGGAGGGAAGGCUGAGGGCAGUAUGAAGGAGAGCGAGGUCAGUAGACUGCCCUGCUGCCCUGCCCUUCAUGGAUGUCAACCUCUUGUCGAUACUCUAACGGAGAAGUACAAGUACGAGCAAAAGGCAGAGACUCCAGAGAGCAAAGAUAACCUUACCGAGGACGAGAUGAUUCUUAUCCUCAUCGACCUUCUGGUCACCGGUGUCUACACGUCGGUGGUGGGAGCAGAGUGGGCUCUGGCAGAGUUACUGCGCAGUCCAGAUGGAAUGACCAAAGCGAGAAUGGAGGUCGAAUUGGCUUUCGGAUUAGGUCAGCCGGUGAACGAAGAGGAUCUGCUAAUCAAAUGCCCUUUCUUACUGGCCUUCCUCAAGGAAGUGCUACGGAUGCAUCCGCCGGCUCCUCUCCUCUUCCCUCAUUUUGCACUCGAGCCGGUUCAACUGAAGGGCUAUCAUAUUUCUGCAGGCACCCAGGUACUUCUCAAUGUGUGGGGGAUAACGCAUGACCCAGCCAUCUGGUCUGAACCUUCACAGUUCGUUCCGGAGAGGUUUCAAGGAGAUAAGAGCCGCAUCGAUCCUAGUGGGAGGUACCCAGAACUACUCCCGUUCGGAGCUGGUCGGCGACAAUGUCCUGGAAUGGCGAUUGGGGUGACAAAUGUAAUGUUCAUUCUUGUGAAUUUGCUGCAACAUUUCGAGGUUUCUCUGCCGAGUGGAAUAUCCCCGGAGGCGGUCGACUUGACGGAGAAGUAUGGCGUUGUGGUGAAGCCUGCAAAACCUCUGCAGACGAUUGGAAAGGCAACCUGUAGUGCCUUGAUUGAUUGCGGAGCGUCUCGCAACUUCAUGAGUCAAGCCUUUAUGGCCCGCGCAGGUCUUGGCCCGCGCGUUCGAAGAAAGACGCAACCUACACAAGUUACACUCGCGGACGGCCGCACGCAGAAGUCAAUUGACCGAUGCGUUGACGGCGUUCCGGUCUACUUUGCGCCACUUGCGUGCGAGCCAGUGUCUUUUGACAUCCUCGACACCAAGUUUGACAUGAUUCUAGGCAUGUCUUGGUUGCGUAGCGCCGAUCAUCCGGUGAACUUCCAUGACCGAACCGUUCACACCCGUGAUCGGAACGGAAUGUUAGUCCCAUGUACGGUCGCGACCCCUCACACUUCGAUUGCUUGUCACGUGGUUUCCGUUGCGAGAAUUCGCGACGCCAUCGCUCGGAAUGACGUCGCGGAGAUGGGCCUUGUAUUCUUGCAUGCUCUCCCCUCGCCGGACGGACCAGCCUCGUCACCACCGGACCCACGCAUUUCUCACCUCUUGGACGAGUAUAGAGACGUCUUCGAGGCUCCCACCGGAACGGUUCCGGAUCGGCCCAUACGUCACGGGAUCACUCUCGAGGCAGGCGCCGUCCCUCCGCGUGGAUGUAUCUACCGCAUGAGCGAAGAGGAACUCGAAGUGCUUCGCGCACAACUCGAUGACCUUCUCGACAAGGGYUGGAUUCGCCCUAGUUGCUCUCCAUACGGUGCACCUGUUCUCUUCGUCCGGAAGAAGAACAAAGAUCUACGGUUAUGCAUUGACUAUCGAAAACUUAACGCACAAACCGUAAAGAACGUAUUCUCUCCCUCGGAUUGAUGAUCUCCUUGAGCGGUUAGGCGGCGCGACGUACUUCUCGAAGUUGGAUCUGAAGUCAGGUUACCACCAGA